GCGCCGCUUAAAGGGCUCCGCGGAGGGGUUCGCCGCGCGCACACAAAGGUCGCUGGGAGGCGCGGCUGGAGCGGACAGCGGGGGACCGACGGGUCCCGCGCGGCCCCAGCCGACCCCAGAGGCCGGCUCUUCCUGGUCCGGAGCCAAGCGCCGGGGCGGCCGCUGCGGACGGCGGGGAGGAGGGCGCCUGUCCUUUGGGAAGUGGCUGCCCGGGGGGCAGUUGGGGCGCGCGUGGGAAACGCUCGCUGUGGAGUUGGGGAGGAAUUAAGGCUGAAGCCGAGGAAGGAGGAGCUGGAGCAGAGAGUGCGAGGCGGGCGGAUCCCCCGAAGCCUGAGGAGUUGGUGAGAAGCCGCUGGCCCGGGCAAGAUUCCUCACGCGGACUCAGGCCGACUCCUGGAAGUGCCUCUUUGGGGAACGGUCCCGAACCCGCCGCCGCUGCCGCCUUGUCCAGGCAAGGGCCGUCGGGCAGCUGACUCUGGCUGCCUUGGCCGCCCGGAAAGCGCACUCAAGGCGGUGAUGGUAGAGCGGCCGGCCAGGGCAGGGCGCUGGGCUCCCACCCGCCGGCGCUCGGUCUCCGCUGUGCCGGGCGCUCCCCGACAGGGGGCGGCGCAGCGCGGGGCGAGCGGGCGGCAGCCGGCGGUGGCGCGGUGGCGGGGUCGGUAAGGGAGCAGGCUUCGAGUCAGCACCUCACCUGGGCACGUCGUCGCCCCCCGGCGCCUCCUGGAGUCCAGAGUCUGCGAAGGCCGCAUGGUCUGCACUUCCAACUUCCCAUGUUUGCUAUGUUGCCCUUUGGAGACAAAACAAGAGAAAUGGUCAAUGCCUGGUUUGCUGAGAGAGUCCACACGAUCCCCGUGUGCAAGGAGGGCCUCAGAAGCCACACGGAAUCUUGUUCUUGCCUCUCGCAGCCAAGUCCUCGUGCAGACAGCAGUGCGCCUGGAACACCAACCAGGAAAAUCUCUGCCUCUGAAUUUGAUCGGCCUCUUAGACCCAUUGUCGUCAAGGAUUCCGAGGGCACUGUGAGCUUCCUCGCUGACUCGGAAAAGAAGGAACAGAUGCCUCUAACCCCCCGAAGGUUUGAUAAUGACGAAGGGGACCAGUGCUCAAGACUCUUGGAAUUAGUGAAAGAUAUUUCUAGUCAUUUGGAUGUCACAGCCUUAUGUCACAAAAUUUUCUUGCAUAUUCAUGGACUUAUCUCCGCCGAUCGCUAUUCCCUGUUUCUGGUCUGUGAGGACAGCUCCAAUGACAAGUUUCUUAUCAGCCGUCUGUUUGAUGUUGCGGAAGGUUCAACACUGGAAGAAGCUUCAAAUAACUGUAUCCGCUUAGAAUGGAACAAAGGCAUUGUGGGGCAUGUGGCAGCAUUUGGUGAGCCCUUGAACAUCAAAGAUGCUUAUGAGGAUCCUCGGUUCAAUGCAGAAGUUGACCAAAUUACAGGCUACAAGACACAGAGUAUUCUUUGUAUGCCAAUUAAGAAUCACAGGGAAGAGGUUGUUGGUGUAGCCCAGGCCAUCAACAAGAAAUCAGGAAAUGGUGGGACAUUCACUGAAAAAGAUGAAAAGGACUUUGCUGCUUAUUUGGCAUUUUGUGGUAUUGUUCUUCAUAAUGCUCAACUCUAUGAGACUUCACUGCUGGAGAACAAGAGAAAUCAGGUGCUGCUUGACCUUGCUAGCUUAAUUUUUGAAGAACAACAAUCAUUAGAAGUAAUUCUAAAGAAAAUAGCUGCCACUAUUAUCUCUUUCAUGCAGGUGCAGAAAUGCACCAUUUUCAUAGUGGAUGAAGAUUGCUCCGAUUCUUUUUCUAGUGUGUUUCACAUGGAGUGUGAGGAAUUAGAAAAAUCGUCAGAUACUUUAACAAGGGAACGUGAUGCAAACAGAAUCAAUUACAUGUAUGCUCAGUAUGUCAAAAAUACUAUGGAACCACUUAAUAUCCCAGAUGUCAGUAAGGACAAAAGAUUUCCCUGGACAAAUGAAAACACAGGAAAUAUAAACCAGCAGUGCAUUAGAAGUUUGCUUUGUACACCUAUAAAAAAUGGAAAGAAGAAUAAAGUGAUAGGGGUUUGCCAACUUGUUAAUAAGAUGGAGGAGAAUACUGGCAAGGUUAAGCCUUUCAACCGAAAUGAUGAACAGUUCCUGGAGGCUUUUGUCAUCUUUUGUGGCUUGGGGAUCCAGAACACACAGAUGUAUGAAGCGGUGGAGAGAGCCAUGGCCAAGCAAAUGGUCACACUGGAGGUUCUGUCGUAUCAUGCUUCAGCAGCAGAGGAAGAAACAAGAGAACUCCAGUCCUUAGCGGCCGCUGUGGUACCAUCUGCUCAGACACUUAAAAUUACUGACUUCAGCUUCAGUGACUUUGAGCUAUCUGACCUAGAAACGGCACUGUGCACAAUCCGGAUGUUCACUGACCUCAACCUUGUGCAGAACUUCCAGAUGAAGCAUGAGGUUCUUUGCAGGUGGAUUUUAAGUGUUAAGAAGAAUUAUCGGAAGAAUGUUGCCUAUCAUAAUUGGAGACACGCCUUUAAUACAGCUCAGUGCAUGUUUGCUGCUCUAAAAGCAGGCAAGAUUCAGAGCAAGCUGACUGACCUGGAGAUCCUUGCGCUUCUCAUCGCCGCUCUCAGCCACGACUUGGACCACCGGGGUGUGAAUAACUCUUACAUCCAGCGGAGUGAACACCCACUUGCUCAGCUCUACUGCCAUUCGAUCAUGGAGCACCAUCAUUUUGACCAGUGCCUGAUGAUUCUUAAUAGCCCAGGCAACCAGAUCCUCAGUGGCCUCUCCAUUGAAGAAUAUAAAACCACGCUGAAAAUGAUCAAGCAAGCUAUUUUAGCUACAGACCUAGCACUGUACAUUAAGAGACGAGGAGAAUUUUUUGAACUUAUAAGAAAAAAUCAAUUCAACUUAGAAGAUCCUCAUCAAAAAGAAUUGUUUUUAGCGAUGCUGAUGACAGCUUGCGAUCUCUCUGCCAUUACCAAACCUUGGCCUAUUCAACAACGGAUAGCAGAACUUGUAGCGACUGAAUUUUUUGACCAAGGAGACAGAGAGAGAAAAGAACUCAACAUAGAGCCUGCUGAUCUAAUGAACAGGGAGAAGAAAAACAAAAUUCCAAGUAUGCAAGUUGGGUUCAUAGAUGCCAUCUGCUUGCAACUCUAUGAGGCCCUGACCCAUGUAUCAGAGGACUGUUUCCCUUUGCUGGAUGGCUGCAGAAAAAACAGGCAAAAAUGGCAGGCUCUCGCAGAACAGCAGGAGAAAAUGCUGAUUAAUGGGGAGAGCAGCCAGGCCAAGCGGAACUGAGCGGUCUGUUCACGCCGAGUUCAAGUUUACAGACCGUGUAUUCUGCAGUAUGUCUAGUUUUGCUAUACACUGUACGAGUUUAGUGUAUACUUUGCCACUGCUGUAUUUUUAUUUUUGCACAACUGUUAAGGGCACAGCAUGAAAUGUUUUUAGGGGACUAUUCCAUAUUUUCUGUAUAUUUGUUUUAUGCCACUGAUCUGAGAUUAUCAACGACACCCACUCACUCACUCUUAGCACAUGGAUAAGAAGCUCUGUUUGUGAUAUUUUGUGUACUACAAAGUGCAAGUUAAAUUCUUGUGCUGAGAUUUUUUUGUUUUAUUUUGGGGGAAUUUUAGGGGUUUUGUUUUUUGCUUGGGGGGUUUAAAUCAUUGUUUUUGUGUUUUCUGAAUUACCAGUCUUUUAAAGAAUGUUUGGAAUCUUUUCAUUCUCAAAAAUAGUCUAGGAGCAAAUUGAAUGUAUUAUGUGACAUUUAAAACCUAUCUUUUUUGUUUCUCUAUCAUAGGAUAGAGAAAAGUGCUGGCCUAGUGGAUUUAAGGGGAAAGGAUAGUAUUUGUCAACAAAAAAGUAAAACUCUGAAACAAAUGGCAAGUACUAGAAGGCAGUAUGGUAAAGAAAAGGUAUUGUUAAUUGAUUUGCUGUUUUUGUUAGUGAGCAGGAAGGGGAGAACUCUUUCAUUUUAGUACAUAUCUCUAUCCAAACACUACCCAUAAAAUCACUGCAGUCUACCCUCUCUGAUGGAAAGCAGGGAAAACCUUCGGAGGAGACACUAAUUUAAUGGACUUCAUGGUCCUUGACUUUACUGAGGGAUAGGUGUGAUCCAGAAAUGGAAUGGCCAUAUCUAUCGGUCAGUGAAGAGAAACAUUCUGUUGGAAGAGUCCUCUGAGAGUCAGUGUUUUGAAUAUUGAACUUCCUCUUUUAAAUAACUUCCUUAUCGUUUCUCUUACAAACCGUAGUUUAUAAGUGAACAGUUUAAGUCUCGACAGAAAACUGAGAAUAGAAGUGAUCAUGGGAGCACUGACCUGAGGUAAGAUACGACUGCAGAUAAAAGGUAAAAUGAAUCAUUAUUUUUCUUUGUCAAAGGAAGCAUAGAGAAUAGUUUUAAUUGUAUAAACAGAAAGGGGCUAUCCUUGAUGUUCGGGUCAAAAAUUAAAUUGAAGAAGCGGGAGAGGAGGAAAGCUUAGGCCUGAAUAAAACUUAAGCGUAUUGAGUCUGCACCUGAGAAACUGCCAUAUUUCAGUUUAUAGGACUAGUCAACUCAGAAUCACAGAAGUCUGGGUGUGUGCACUAAAUGCUGACCCUGAGCUUAAGGUUGUUGAUACUUUUCAUAGCUUUUUAGCACAUUUAGAAAACGUUAACAUUGUCUUAGAUUUGAGCCCAUUUGAGUGGAUUCCCAUUGAUCAUGUGUACCCUAAAUACAUAUUUAUUCAUCAUUAGAGAAGCAGAUACUGAAUCAAGCAACUGGUUCGGGAAAGGAAAAUCUGUUCCAAGCAUGCGGAAAUGUUUGGACUCAAGGAAAGUAGGAAGAGAAGUAUUUGUCUGAUUUGUUAACCACCAAAAAAAGUUUCUGAGUUUCAGUCACUAAUUGGGUAGAAAAUCUCUUGGGGACAUGGUGCAGCAUCCUCAAAGGACUUUCACUAAACAUUGUUUCCUAUUCAUAUUGUUUUUUUCUCUCAACUGCCUAAAACUCAAUAUCCUCAUUGCGUUUUUAAAAUUCUGAGUGUGAAUCUUACAUAACAUGAUUUUAUUCUUAACAUUCAUGUAAAAAAAUUGUCUUGCCAUUACUUUAGAGUGGUAAAUGCUGGUCUAGGAAGUUACCAACUGUUUAUUGCUAUAUGUGUAAUUGUUGUAAAACUUGUAUUUUGAGGAUGCUAUUCAGUUUUUAAUUGACGUCAUAUAGGUGAGAUCUGUAAAGUUGCCUCUUGGUGGCGCUGGUGUGUAAAUUACACAGGCUGUCACUAAAAUAAUGUAUCUAUAUACUGGUAUACACCCAUGCAUGCAGACAUAAUUUUUUAGUAUAGAAAAAUCGUUUAAAGAAGAGCAGUCUUUAGUAACGUUUUUAUCAUACACCUUGUGAUUUAGCAGUUACGCUAAAAUCUGUAAUCAUGUACUUUAGUAGUUUUUUAGACCCAUCUAAUAUGUCACUGAGAUGUAUGUAUGGAGGUUUUGUAUGUGUGCCAUUUUAACAAACAAGAAGUUCUAUGUAGAUUAGAAAUUGUUUGGUUUCCUUUAGAUAAUGGUUUAUUUUACUUUACUAGUUUAGCAAUUGAAAGAAGUUGGGUAGCACCAUGCCUGUUCUAUUGUAGGAAGUUUUAGUUCUUACAAGAAGAAUACUUCUUUAGGACCAGUUAGAUGGUUCAAAUAAUUUUUACUUUUUAGGAAAAUCAUUCCAUACAUAGGUUAUCUGGUACAUGGGCACAAAUCGAAGCUUUUGUUCUUGUGAAUUUUUUUUUCCAGUAUCUUCCCAAGUUGGAAAAAAUAUAUUUAUAGUCCUUCCUCCCCUGCAAUGUAUCUGUAUUACUAGUAAGAAGCUGUUUUUUUCCUAAAGUUGUUAUAGUUAUAGCUGAAUGAUGACAUAUCAUUUCAAUUUUCAGCCCCAAAAGUGCCCACUAUUUUACUAAGUCGUUAAAAGAUGUCUAUAAAAUUGCCAGGCCUUAUAUUUUUCGCAGUAUUGGCCCUUGCCAGUCACAGUCCUUUGUGAACCUGUGUGAGUCACUUAACCUCUGUGUGCCUGAAGAAGUGUUAUUAGAGGAGUUAUGUUUGGGCAAAGCCUCUGUCUUCAUGGAGGAUGUCACAGAAGGCAGCCACCACGGCAGCCCUAAUGGGCCCUGGAGACCACUGUCAGAAGUGGGAUAUUGGGCUGCAGAGCACGGUAUCUAAUCCCACAUGUCACUUCCUCUGUUUCAAAGACUGAAAAAAAGAUAAUACAUUUAUUUGGUUUCUCAUGCAGAUCACAAGUGAAUGUGAGAUUUUGAGUACCUUGCCUCAAGGUACAAACUCUGGGGAGUCAUGUUGUCACCACUUAUUUGUUAAUCGUGAAGAAUAGUUUCUAUUAGAUAAGAGUACUGAGAUUAGAAAGUGUAUGAAAAUACACUGGAAAUCUUGGGAUCUGGGAGGAAACUGGUCACAGAUCUGUUCUUGCCUAGCGGUAAAGUGCCUUUAUUUUCAGCACAGAGCAGAAAUGUUAGACAUACUCCGAUUUGAUUUUCAAGUUUUCUGUGUUUUUCACCAGAUUUUACUCCUAAUGCUUGAUAGGUCAUCACAAGCAGUGCUGUUGUUUUGGUUUUUAUUUUGAUUUGAUUACAAGAGUGAUUUUAAGAUGAGAAGAGGAAAAGGUGAAAUUGCCGUCGUCUCCUGUGAAUGAGUGUAGUUGAAAUCAGGUGGUAUAACUGAAUUGCUCAGUAUCAGACAUGGAACGAUCCACCCUUUAUUGAGUCCCUGUGACACGACAGACACUGUACUCCGCCGUGGAAAUAGAGCAGUGACCUCAAGUUGCCCACAGUCUGCAAAAAGGGCUAGAUGAGAGACUUACCAGCUUCUGAUCCUGCCAACUGAACCUGAAAAUAUAGGGUACAUUAUAUCACUUGCAUUGUCAUCUAUAACAUAUGUAUUAUAGACAGUUUUCCAAGGACCUUCUUUACCUGGAACUUACUAAGACUCCAUCAGUGAAUAUCCUGUCUUCUUAUAAAUAUGCAUCAUUUACCCUCUUGGUAGCAUAAAGAACACAUUAUGUAAGGAGUCAUGUAUUCUACUAUAUAGAGUUUGGUUUUUGUUUUGUUUUUUUUCCCAUAUGCUAGCCAGGUAGAGAUUACUCAGAGUUCUUUUAGAUUGUUAAAUUGUGCACAGUUUUGGACCCCUUCUGCUCCCCUACAGGAGCAAGGAAGAAAGUACUAAAGCUAACUUCACCUUUCCAUAUGUUUCUCAAAAGCCUGUGUAAACGUGUCUUAAUAAAUGUCGUUGAAAGCAGUGUAAAUAGUUGAAAAUAUAAAUUUCUAUUACAGUUUAAGAAAAGAAAACCUUAUGAAUCAUCACUAGCCACUGUUAAUAUCUAUUUGUAUUCUUAUACCUUUUUCAAUAUAUUUGAACAAAUAUAUAGUUUCUGGCACUAUUUUUGUACUAGGAUAAAGGAGUUAUUAUGUAUAUUAUGUUUAGCUUUUAAGUCCUUUUAAAUAACUGCAACUGUUGAUUUCAUGUGUUUCCUCUCCCCCACCAUAAGAACCAUUUCCAAUGACUCUUCUAUGACAAAAUUACUUUAAAGGAACACCUCCCCACCUCUGAUGCCCAUAAAAUCAAGAGAUGGUCAGGGUGGUCUUCUGUUGCGCAAACUCUUCACCUGUCGGUUGUUAACUCAUUUUGCUAUGCUUUGUAAAAAUAAAAAGAAGAAUGAACAAGUA